AUGUCUUUAAUACACUCCAUUGCGAAAGCGCCAAAAAAGAUAACAGAAUGGCUGGGGAUGGGAGCAAAAGCCCCCAUAUACAUGGAUCUGCAGGCCACAACGCCAACAGACCCUAGGGUGCUGAGUGCAAUGCUUCCGUACUUCAACGAAAAGUUUGGGAACCCGCACAGCCGCACACACGAGUUUGGAUGGAACGCAGAAAAAGCCGUUGAAACUUCACGAGGAAAGAUUGCGUCUCUGAUCAACGCAGACGCUAAAGAGAUAGUUUUUACGAGCGGAGCAACAGAAAGCAACAAUAUCGCCAUAAAAGGAGUCGCAAGGUUUUUGAAACAGAACAUGGAGGGAAAGCCCCACAUUGUGACAAGCCAGAUAGAGCACAAGAGCGUAAUAGACACGUGCCGUGAUCUGGAGGAAGAAGGGUUCGAUGUAACGUAUCUGCCUGUGAAUAAAAACGGAACAAUCAGCGUAGAAGAGCUGAGAAAAGCCAUAAGACCUGAAACUGUGCUUGCAAGCAUCAUAGCAGUGAACAACGAAAUAGGAAGCAUAGCUCCUCUGAAGGAGAUAGGAAAAGUUUGCAAAGAAAAUAACGUAUUUUUCCACACAGAUGCCGCACAGGCUGUUGGCAAGAUCCCCAUAGAUGUUAGAGAUAUGAACAUUUCCCUAAUGAGCAUAUCAGGCCACAAGAUAUACGGCCCCAUGGGAAUUGGCGCUUUGUAUGUAACUAAAGAGAGGCCUAGGCCAAGGAUCCAGCCACUCUUCAGCGGGGGAGGGCAGGAAAGAGGAAUGCGAAGCGGCACACUCCCAACGCCUCUGAUUGUUGGGCUCGGAAAGGCCUGUGAAAUAGCACAGAAUCAAAUGGAAAAAGACACUAAAAAAAUAGAGAAAUUGUCAAAACAGCUGCUAGAUGGACUUUCCAAAGAGAUCCCAGAUAUAAAGAGAAAUGGAGGACAGAAUGUCUACCCGGGAUGUGUGAAUAUAUCCUUCCCGUACGUUGAGGGCGAGUCUCUGAUCAUGGCUCUUCCAAACAUCGCAGUCAGCAGCGGGAGUGCAUGCACCUCAGCCUCUCUUGAGCCAUCCUAUGUCCUCAAGGCUCUGGGUGUUGAGGAAGAUUUAGCACACUCUUCUCUCAGAUUCGGGAUAGGAAGAUUUACAACAAAGAAAGACAUAAAGGCAGUGGUGAAGCAGGUUGUCAGCAAGGUAAAGAAGCUAAGAGAGCUAUCGCCGCUAUUUGAGAUGGCACAGGAAGGAAUAGAUUUAAGUACGAUAAACUGGAAUGCACACUGA